CCUGGAAAUGACAGAAGGCAUAUUUUGAACCUGUUAUCUGCAAAUAAGAAUAUAUUCUUUUCUGCAAAUGUUAUUAACAAUGGAUAGAAAUAUAAUACACCUUUGGACAAGGGUCACUAUGGUCCUGCUAACUAUCAUCACAAACAGCAGUGACACAAAUUUGGCAACAGCUACUGUUAAUGAUCCCUGCAAUGACUACACUGCUCUGGAUCAACCCUGGAGAGCCACUAAUGAAACUAGACUGGGGAUCUGUGACAACUACUUCAACUGGAAUGGCUGGUAUCGACUGCUGUAUUAUGGGAUGAGUGUCCGUAUGACAGAGAGCUGUGUUAAUCUGUACACAUGUGGCACUGAUUACACUCUGUGGCUGAAUGGUCUUCAUCCUCAGAUAGCAGAUGGAAUAGUCACUCGUGGAGUCUGUGGGAAUUCAGGAAGUAACUGCUAUUACUGGUCCAUGUCAAUUCGAGUCAAAGCAUGCCCAGGAAACUAUUAUGUCUAUGAGUUUGUGAGGCCAUACUUCUGCAAUGCAGCUUACUGUGCAGAUGUGAACACCAUCACUCUGAACAUCACCCCAGCGACUGUGACCAGUGCAGCAGCUACAACAAUAAACAUCACUUCUGACCCCUGCAAUGUCUCCAGUGUUCUUGAUAAUGCCUGGAGAUCAGUCUCCACCGGCUUCAGUGGUUAUGAUGAUACGCUUCUUGAAUGGAACGGCUGGUAUCGUCUGUAUCUUCAGGGAAGCAGUGCUCAGAUGCCUGAAUGGGUUUUUUAUACAAGUUAUGUGUUCUGUGGUGGUUACACUGGACUUUUGCUUGGAGGACCUCAUCCACUCCUGAAGGACGGCAUCGUCACCCGAGAAGUUUAUGGAUCGAAUCCUCAAUACAAUUCCUACAGAUCAAACUCAAUCCAAGUCAAAGCCUGUCCAGGAAAUCACUACGUCUACAGACUUGUCAAGCCAGCUGUAUCAAUCCCAAUUCCCACAUACUGUGCAGUUGCUUUUAAUACUCCCAGUUAUGAUCCCUGCAAUAGCUACACUUCUCUGGAUCAACCCUGGAGAGGCACUAAUGAGUCUGGAGGGUCCAACUGUGACAACUAUUUCAACUGGAAUGGCUGGUAUCAGCUGCUGUAUAAUGGGAUGAGCGUCCGUAUGGCAGACAGCUGUGUUAAUCGAUCCAGAUGUGGCACUGAUUUUACACUAUGGCUGAAUGGAUCUCACCCUCAGAUAGAGGAUGGAAUAGUCGCUUGUGGAGUCUGUGGAAAUUCAGGAAGUGACUGCUGUUACUACAGAUCCAUCCCAAUUCGAGUCAAAGCAUGUCCAGGAAACUAUUACGUCUAUGAGUUUGUCAGGCCAAACAUCUGCAAUUCAGCUUACUGUGCAGAUGUUCCUAGUUCAACACCUGCUGCUGAGACACCAGUGCCAAAUAUUACAGUAUCUACAGAAUGCAAGGACAAUUUCACACCAAAAUGUGGAGAAGAUCUGUUUAACCAACUUGAGAACAUCACUGCUCAAGUGCUCCCACCACAAGUAGUAGUAACGUAUUUAGACAUGGUGCUGAAUACCCAGGAGCAGCUUCUAAAGGUUGAAACAGCAAGUCCAGAGAAAAUGGCAUCUUAUGGGAACACAGUGCUGAAUAGGACUGAGAAACUGGUGUCUACACUGGUGAAGCCAACAGAGACCACAGACUCAGUUAACAUCUCUCGCAAUGGCUUAGAUAUUCAAGUCUUUGCAGUUGGACCAAAAGCUUCCUUGAAUGAAAUCCCUCAACUGAGGAUAAACAGCACUCAGAUGGACAUCGACCUCAUCCAGAUUUCAAAGAAUAAUGAUGUUCAGCCUUUGUUUGAGCUGCUUUCAGCGUUUCCUUUGUUUGCUCUUUUUCCUGCCUUUUAUUUCCCGUUCCUUGAGGUGUUCUAA